GAGGCAGAGCCAGCCUGCCACCUCCCCUCCUCCUCCUCCUCUUCUUCCUCCUCCUCCUCCUCGCCUUCGUACUUCUGCACCGGCUCCGCUCGGGCUCCGCCGCUGCCCCUCCGCCGCCGAGGCUGCCACAGAGCCCCCCUCCCUCCAUCCCUCCCUCCCUCUCCCUCUCCCCCGCCCUCCGCCCUGUCCCCAGCGCCGCCGCCGCCGCCGCUUCCACAAGAUGGCGGGGACCGUGGCCGAGCGGGACGCGCUGAAAAUAGAGGACGGGCAUUUAAACAACUCCCUGGGAUCCCCGGUGCAAGCUGAUGUGUACUUCCCUCGCCUGAUCGUCCCCUUCUGUGGGCACAUCAAAGGAGGAAUGCGGCCGGGAAAGAAGAUCUUAGUUAUGGGCAUAGUGGACCUCAACCCCGAGAGCUUUGGCAUCAGUCUGACUUGCGGGGAGUCAGAAGAUCCUCCUGCGGACGUAGCCAUAGAACUGAAAGCUGUGUUUACAGACAGACAGUUUGUCAGAAACUCUUGUGUAGCCGGAGAAUGGGGGGAAGAGCAGUCAUCUAUUCCUUACUUUCCAUUUAUACCGGACCAGCCUUUUAGGGUUGAGAUACUUUGCGAGCAUCCCCGUUUUAGAAUAUUUGUGGAUGGACAUCAGCUCUUUGAUUUUUACCACCGUAUUGAAACACUGUCAGCAAUUGACACAAUAAAGAUAAAUGGAGAUCUUCAGCUUACAAAACUGGGCUGAGCUUGUUAGGACUGCAGAUUCCAAACCAGCUCAGGUGCCAUCGUCCGUUUGGAGCAGUGACAGCCAGCUCUGGACACAGCUAUGGUAGGAAGGCUGCCCUGUUCCUUUUCCGCAUGCAGUUCUUCACUCCUGUGCCGAUGAAUUGGGCUGGUUUUUAUCCUAAUGAAGAGCACUGUUGGUUAAUAGACAUUGAGCCAUUUUUCUUGGAUCAAAAAAGCCCACCUGUGCUGGAUAAUCAAAUUGGAAUGGAUUCAGAAAGACUUGCAGUCUUUGUUUCAAAUCUCACAGAAAUACAGUUUCUGAAAUGCAGCGCUAAAACCGGUUACUGAACAGUAGUGACAACAAAAAACGAGUUUUUCUUUUGCAAGUAUUGUUUCUGCACUGAAGUGGAGUAGUGUAGCACAACAUAGGGCCACGUGCUGACGUCCUUACCUGGGGCCUGAGCCUGGUUCCAUGGAAAUCAAUGGCAAACCUCCCACUCACUUUAACGGGGUACAAUCAAACUGUCUAGUCCUUAGUCAAGCACAAUUCCCACUGAUUUCUAUGGCAUUUUUGCACACACCUUGGGGCCUGCUGUUCUGCUGCUGUAAAUCAGCAUUAGCCUCACAGCUUGCAGUGGAAUUCUGCUGAUUGCUCCCAGCUGCUGGUUUGGCCCAAGGGCUGUGCAAAAACUGACUGAGGGUGUGUGGACACAGCCUGUGUAUUUUAGUCAGGGUAUUUGCAUAGAAUGUAGGUCGUUAUGAGUUUUUGCACAACGUAUUGUUAAUACAAUUUUUAAAGCUUCUCUGUAGUUUAUUUAUUUAUACUCAUUGUAUGUAUUAUUAGUAAAAAAUGAACAAUCUUACUGGCGGUUAAGAACGGCAAAGUGUAAACAUUCUGAAUGUACAAAAUGUCUGAGAUUCUUUGGGUAAACUUUACAUAUCGUUCUUGAAAAAAACAUGUUUUCCUAUUGAACAUUUAAUUAUGUUUUAGUGGAGCCCUCUAGGCCCUGGGAAAAUGUGGGCAUGGUAGCUGGUGGGGGGGGAACUCUGCGUAUUCACUAGGAUCUGUUUUUCAGGGCUUACUAACUUUGCUGCACAGGAUAGGUUUGAGUUGAAGUCAAUCUGUUUUAAAAACUUAAAAACCAAAUUUGUAGGUUUAACUGUGCUUUUAUAACCCAAGAAGAAGUUAAAUUUGGCAAUCUCUUAGUUCAGAAAGAGAACCAGGCUCUUUCCAAGGGAGAUGGGAGAUUCUUUACACUUGUUUGAGAACAUAUUCGGCCUUUGAUAUGACAAUUAAAACUUGUCUAGACAGCCAAGUUAUUAAUGCUUGAAAAUCAGCUACUGCACAUGAAUAAUAACUUUUCAAGUAGCUUUUAAAAUAGUAGGUAUAGCUGUAUAAACACAGUCAUUGCGCUACACUAUAAAUGAACACAGCCACUUUCUUGACUUCUUUAGGACUAAAUACACUUUUUUCCUUGGCUGCUCACAAUGGACUGUAGUGGGUCUUUCUGAGUAGUUAUAAUCAUGAUAUAAACAUACAUUUAGGCAAUUUUGAAAACACAUAAUAUAGGGACUAAAACACAGACUAUAAAAACCAUCCUUUGUAGCACAGUAUUAAAAAAAAAAAAAAAAAAGAGAAGAAUCUCACAAACAGAACUGUGUUAAACCUGCAAUAAAACUGUGGUUUAAAGCCACCAGAACUGGAAUAUCCAAAGUUAAAUGUAGAAUGCCAAUGCAAAGCCUCAUUUUGUGCUAAUUUGGCCUGCAGUUAAGAAGCCUUAGACUGCAAGCUGAAAUUCCGACUGUGGCUCUAGUCCAAAGCCUGUUGAGGUCAAUCAGAGUCCUCUGAACAUAGAAGUCUGAUUCUUAUUUCAUGCAAGCAAGUGCAAAUCUCUUUGUAAAGCUGGGGGUUGUUGCUGCUGCAACAGGUGAAUUAAGAAUCAGGCCACCUAUAAAAUACAAGUUAAAAAUUCAAUUUUUAGCCUUAACAUUUGACACUCCCGACUUUUCUUCCUGCUUCCAAAUUAAGAGAGAACUCGUUUUCCAGGUGACUUUUUUAUCUGGUGUGUGGCUUUUAAGCUUUACAUCAGAUUCUAUUUGUACUCCAGAUUGAAUUGAAAUGUUCCUGUCUUGCUGUUUUUACUCUUUUACAUGAUACAUGAUGACUGUGUCAUUUUCCAUUGUAUAAAGAAUGCUGACAGUGUUUCGGUACAAAAUAUAUUCUUAAAAAUUAUGAUAAUAAAAAUCUGAGGGAAAGGUGCUUCUACAUGAGGUGUUUUGGAUUCUUCUCCAGCUUGGAAAUGAUCUGUGGUUCCAAAGCUGAGGCAGGCAGAAGAUAUUUGGAGAGAAAUUUAGCACCCCCUGUGCCCAGUGCUUUCUCUCAGCUGGAUAUCUAAAGCCAGGUUUGCUGAUGCAGGGCAAGUGCCUGAAGCCAGAAGUAGGAGGCAGGAGAGAGUAAGUAGCACCUCGACCCUACAGUAGCUCUAACCCAAAGGGAAUCUCCCUGACAGCACACCGGUAGAGGUUUCCCCUUCCAUGCCUUUGCUGUAUUCCCAGGAAAAGCAAUUUGGCUGCCUUGAAUUUUCACAGCCCUCACACUCCUGCACGGUCUCGGCACAGCACAGUGCCUGCACCAGGGAUGCUGAGAUGGACUCGGUGCACCACCUGUCAGUGGCAUCUCUGGUUGGAGCAAGGGCCUGCUGAUCCUGCCUUGCUCUUCUUCCCACCUGCUGUGCUGGGCGUUCCCAUUUGUUCCUGCUCCAGAAAUUUUCUGUCUGGGGAAAAUGCGCUUUUUUUUAACCCUGUUUCUGGUUUUGCCUCUGCAACCACAGCACCCACCACCUGAUCCUGCCCCGCUGUGGUUUCUGAGCCAGGCUUCAAGGCAAGAAGGGCUGUGAACCCUCUACUGACGCGUUGCGGUUUGGCUUAGAGCUCAGGGCAGAAAGUCACAGUUAAGGCUUCCACAUCCAUCUAUCUAUUUAUCUAUCUGUCACCUGCUUGGAAGCCUUUUUAUUUUUCUUUUGCUCUUGGGCACUACCAGGCCAUGGCAGGUGAAAGAAGGAUUAUGUCUAUGUCACCAAGGGCUGUUUCCACAGGUGCUUGGCUUACACUGCCUAAUCACGUUAAGAAGCAAUUGCAGAACACUUGCAUGUGCAGUGUAAGUCAGAGAAAACUGAGGCCUUAACUGUUUCUGCUUAGUUGGACCUGUCAAGUGUUUAAGGUAGGAGACUGUGCUGCAAAAUUCAUAUCUGAAUUUUUAGGUCUCCACAACUUAGGGAUUAUUCAGAUCUUCAUUUUGAAUAUAAACCCUAAUAGACCUGAAGUAAAGACUGUUUCCAAAUUGGGCUAGGUGUUUCAGUAGAGACGAGCAGUCUGUGAGCUUCUUGGAAGCUGCAAAUCUUCAGGACUUAAGGAGUGUGUAAAGCAACUUUUGAAACCUUAUGCUAAAAUUUAUUAGCUGAAUAUUUCUGCGGUUUCCUCUGAGUGAGGAAGUUGAUUCUGAAAUUAAAAAAGUCUUGAAUGGGUAAAAUCCAUGUGCAGUGGAAUCACUAAACUUAGCAUAGCUUUAUUUUUUCCAAAGAGGAAAAACUAAAAA